GAAGAGUCCAUAUCUGGAUGCUGGCUAAUAGAAGGAGUAAUAAAAACAGAUAUUGUUAUAUUAUUUUUGUUAUGCCAAGUACCGUUGUCUGGUUGGGCAAAUAUCCAGCCAAUCAAACUUUGAAGACGACUGAGCAGUUUCAUUGGUUAAACUGAAAAUUGUUUUAAAACGCUGAGUUACCUAAAGCUUACAAAUCACUUCUGAUUUCAGACAAGGUGUGUACUGAAUAAAGCAAUCCGAGUGUUCUACAAAAGACCCUAGAAACAAGAGACAGUGGGAUGAAAAUGUUGAGCCUCAAAAACAUAGCACUGACGAGCUUCUAUUUGGCUUUAGUCUACUUCCAAUCAAGCCACACAGAAGGGCGAUUCUACAGAAGAGCCGAUUUUGUUCUGUCCAAUCUGAGACCAUCAACUAUAUGCACUACGGGUCAUGCGACGUUUGUAGAACGCCUCAACUUUACUGUCUACUUAAACUUUACUGGGGCAGAUCCGCUGAAUCGUUGGGAAGACUUCAACGUUGAUUUGUAUUUAUAUAAUGUUUAUCCUAAUCGUCUGCAUAUCCUUACUACAAAUACAGCCCGUUUCUGCACACUCCACCCUGACUGCAUUGGAAAUUGGAGGUCAAAGUUCAUGAAGUUCAAUGCCAGCGUGACCACCGACCGCGAAUGGGUGUCAUCAAAUGCUACAAUUAUUGGCCAAUGGUAUCUUAGGCGAGGACACAAUGCCGCCGUUAGUGAGUUUAGUAACUCCCUGUACGUUGGUGCCUUAAGUGGCUACAACAGACACAAAGCCUUGGCAAAGUACGGAAAUAAUGAAAUUACUUAUCCUCUGGAGUUCGGAAAACGUUGUGUUAUUUUAGGGCGGGCUCACGGCUCGAACUUGUCGAGGUUGAGAUUCUGCGCUUAUGACGGGCCAGGCGGCUCCGGUUUUGAUCCCAUGCAUUUGACUGACUGCAACGGAAAUACAGCAAUGGAGUACUUUCACACUGGUAAUCCCAAGUGUGUGAAGUUGGAUUACACGUGGACUGGUCGUGCGUGUAACGUCACUUUCACCUACAGAUCCCGCUCGACAUGCAGGGAUGGAGUAGAGUUCACCUGUAGAAUCCAAGCCGCAUAGGGUUUUAACGGUGUUUGAAAUUUACUAGAGAAUGUGAAACCCGUAGAGGAGCAGACCGCUAUAUCCUACUGGAACAUGAUUUAAAAAACAGAUUUUAUUUUAAAUAUAUUAAAAUACAAAAACUAUUUCUUUUAUUCACAUGGCUAUUGUAAAUUUUAAAGCAGUUGUCUUGCUAGU